AAAUUUUACAAUAAAUUAUCUUUCCAUGCCAACAAUGUUAUCUUACUAACUUUUUCUCUCUUCCUUCAUAAUGAACUAUACCUCACAUCAAGUGUAUAAAAUAAUGACAAAUAGUGCAGUAAUACAAUGUUGCAGAAGGAAAAGCCAUGUUCUUCGUUACUUGUUCAUAAUAUUAGCUGUUUGGAUUUUAAUCGUUUUGAUCACAACUUUAAUCACAAAGAAUCAACAUUGGAAACUCUAUCUUGAUAAAGCUAAACCUGGAAAACUAAUCAAUGAGAAUAUCUUUGAUAAAUGGUACCUAAGCAAUCGCAGAAAUCUUCUUGAAGAUGAGAAUGAAUUUGCUGGCAAUGCGAAGUUCAUGAACAUUCCUCUUCAUCCUACAAAUCUCAGCAAGGUUAUUGCUGUCCCACAGGACAUCACACAAUACUAUGCAAAAGUCAAUGAAGAAACAAUCCAGAAAGUGUUCGGAAUUUUGGAAUCUUUUAGACUUGUGAAAAACCCUAAUGUACCAGAUGAACUAAAUUGCCAAGAUAUUCUCAAAGGGGAUCAAUCAGCUGUUGUUCGGGGUAAACUAGCUAAUUUGGAGCUCGGUUCUAAGAAAUUCGAAGAUAAAAAGAAGAAAUUGAUUCCAAGACUAGAGGACAUUGUGGUAGAAGCAAAGAAUUGUGGAAAAUUCAAACAAAAUCGACAAUAUAUUACGAUUUCGCUGAGUUCAGAAGAAAAGGCAUAUUCUAUUGCCUAUAUUAUAACAAUACACAGGGACCUGCCUUCUUUUGAGCGUUUGUUACGUUCAAUCUACCACCCGCAGAACAUUUAUUGCGUUCAUGUCGAUGCAAAGUCAGAUCAAUCUUUCAAAGAUGGAGCAAAAGUUCUAACAGAUUGUUUCGAUAAUGUUUUCUUGGCUUCCAAACCAAUUGACGUCAGAUAUACACAUUGGAGUCGAUUACAGGCAGAUUUAAAUUGCAUGGAAGAUUUGGCGAAAAGGAGUAUGGAAUACCCUUGGAGGUACGUUAUCAACUUAUGUGGCCAAGACUUCCCAAUCAAAACCAAUUUAGAAAUUGUCAGAGCUCUGAAGAGUCUGCAAGGUCUUAACAGCUUGGAAACGUUUGUCACUCCUCCACAUAAAAAGAAAAGAUAUGAACUUCACUUUGAUCUUCCAUCUAAUCCAAAGAACGAUCAUUCUGUCAUGAAGAAAACAGACAUCAAGAAAUCUCCGCCACCUCAUAAAUUUGAAAUGUUUGCUGGGUCGGCAUAUUAUAUCUUCAAGAGAGCUGCGGUAGAGUUUAUACUUACAGAUCGCACUGUUCAAGAGUUCUUCAAAUGGAAUGAAGAUACUUACUCACCAGACGAGCAUGUGUGGGCAUCGUUGCAAAGACACUUUCCACAAUUUCCAGGGAGUUUUCCCCCCCAUGAAAAAUAUGAUUUAAACGAACUCCAAACAAUAACAAGAAUAAUAAAAUGGGGAGGACUCGAUAAAAAAGUCUAUCCAAAGUGCGAAGGAAGGUUUGUUCGCGGAAUUUGCGUAUUUGGAUGUGGCGACCUCGCGUGGUUAAUAACGCAAAAACAUCUUUUCGCUAAUAAAUUUGAACCGGACGUGGAUAUUUUAGCAAUUCAUUGCUUAGAAAACUGGGUACGCAACAGGACAAUUGAUCAUAGUAAGAUUUAUUUUGCGAGAGGAUUUUUGUGAAUUUGUCUUUUAUAAUGGAACAAUGUUAACCACUGCCUUUUAUAGUUAUUGUAUCGCUUUUCUAUUCAUUCUCUGACAUUUUUCUGUCACCCUGUUUGCUUUUCAGUUAGGCUGUAUUGAUAUUAUAUACAAGCAUGCCGAAUUAAAGUAUUAUCUUUCUUUAAGAAAGAUGAUUUAGCUUAUUCACAUGACAUGAUGUAGGCAUAAUUGACUUUGCAGUGUUUUUAUUAUCUGCUACUGUAAUUUAACUUUUGAUGAAAUCCUUUUUUAGUUGCCAGAAUUUCCUGUUCUUAGAAGUUUCAAAUAGGCCUUUACGGUUAUUGAAAAGGUUUAAUAUAUAACUGUAUGUUGAAAAAAAAAUUUUAUUGGGCGUGUUUGACUCUGAACAAGGCUUCGUACGCGUACCCAUUGAUAUGUUAGGAAUUACUGUUUUUGAAAGCCUUUCUGAUUUGACCAAGUGAGGUGGGGAUUGAACCCACCUUUCACUUGCAAAACCAGCAUAAAUGGUCUAUAAACUUUAACCAGCUAAAACCAUUCAACUUUUAUCUUGUUCCCGAUCUUAGGAAAAUCUACCCUUAUUUAAGUGCUUGACAGUGGCUUUUGACUUUGCAGUCUAAUGACUUGAUUUCUAAGUUGCAGGUAAACCUUUAUGACCAUUUUGCAUCUAUUUUUUGUACUUAUAAAGUCUUGUAUCAUGCAGGCACAUCUUUCAGGGUCUCCCGAGGUACGCCCCGCGAAUACUUCUGGUUGGCCUGGCUCAACAAUUUUUGCAUAUGUCAUUCCUAACCCCCACCUGACUACGUCAUCCGAAAAUUGCGUCACAGUGACGUAAUAUGGCCCCCUGAAGUAUGUGAAUGUUCGUCUUAACUGUGCAGUCGUUCAUUCGAAAUCGAGCAAGCUAUUUCUCUUGUUUUCUUGUCGUAACAAUACCGAUAAGAGAAUGAUCGCUGGCGUUAGUGGGUUCAUUAUAGUCGGCACAGAUGCCAUUUCGGACGAUGGUAGCUAUACUUUGGCAAGCUCUAUGACGGUAUUGUGACGUCGAAGUGAAAUAAUUUUUGGAUGACGUAGUCAGGUUUAGUGUUAGGAUUAUUAUAUGCAAAAAUCACUAUGCUACACCCACUAGAAUUACUUGUGCGCGUACUUUGAGAGACCCGAUCUUUUGUGCUUUUUUACAUACUACUAUUACUUUGAGCUUAUAUAUUUAAAAAUAUGCAUUUUCUGUUUUAUGACUAUAAUUAAGCAACCUUGCACUAUUUCUGUUGCUCUCUUCUUUGUUUCGUAAUCCUCCCUCUUAAAAAAUAGAAUAAUUUGUGCUUUGCCAAUUUUCUUGUUCGCUUUGGAUGGCUUUAACAUUUCAUACUUGGCUUAAAUAGGCUUACCAUAUAGGUGAAACUAAAAACCGCGACAGUGCGGAUUGGACUAACAUUGGUUCGAUUCCUUGGCUUAGUAUUAUUCAAAUCAUUGGAAAACUUAACGUUAGAUGUUAAAUUGACGUAGUGAAUAUACAAUAAUUAUGAUAUAACAAUAUAGUAGUUCGCUUUCUCAUUGAACUAGCGAAGUGAUAAAUCCGUGAUAAAUGGACUGCCUCCAUUAACAAAAAAGAAUUUUGUAUUAAUAUUAAAUAAAAAAAUAAUUUCAACUGCCAUACUGCGUGACCAGGACAUUUAAGUCUACCGCUUAAGUCAUUAAAAUGAUCACAUGCAAUUAUGUCUGAGAAAAAUCACACUUGCCCAAUAUUUUACACUGCUGCACUGUUUUUUGUGUGUAAUUUUUUUGUCAAAUAAGAUAAAAUUUUUCCUAUUUACAGUAUUACGAUUGGAUAGGAUUUACCGUACAUAUUUCAAUAUUUAUCUCGGGGAAAGAAAGUUGACAAGAUGGCUUAAUCCUAUGGCAAACCAUGACUUCUCGUUCGAUUACCAUGCCAUGUCUGGUAUGGGAUUAGUUAGCCAGUUAUUUGUUUCAGAUGCAUGGACUUGAUGGUGGAGGAAUAAGUAACCAACCAGCAUCUAUGUAAACCACUCAACGAUGGUGAGGAGUCGAGCAAUCCUCUAGCACAGCGGUUCUCAAACUUUUCAACCUCGAACUAAAACAAGCGAACAAUAAGCUACAAUUAACAAAUAGCAAGGCGAAAAAUAUGUUUUAUCAAAAAAAAACAUAUUGAAAAUACACGGAUGGAACGUAAAUAUGAAGAAAUGUAAAUAGCACAAUUAGUUCACAGUUCCGUAGGGAUCAUGAUCCUCCUGGUAGAAACCACUGUUAGAGAAAUUUAUAUAAACCAUACCUAUAGUAGUCUAGUGUUAUUUAAUGUACUUAUUUUAUUUUUUAAAAAUACUAUAUGUGUGUGGGGACCAUGUCUAUGUUUGGGUUUGUGGGAUUGAAUAUAAAUAUUUUUGUGUUUUUUUUAGAUCUUGUCUAAAAAAGCAUGUCAUGUCAUUUUUAAAAUAUUCCCUUUUUGCUUUCGGUUCUGGAAGAGGUUUCCACCUUUUCUCCGAACAAUGUUAUUUACUAGAAUCCACUGAUACAUGAAAGUUUCUGGUUUUUGAAGACAUUAGUAAAUUUUGUUUUAGUAACCGAUAAUAUCAUCGUACUAGUUCAAAUUUUUCCACUAGUCAUGGUGAGAGUUGACCUCGAUGACCAUAUGGUCGUAUCACUUCCUCCUGUCCAUACCAAAACAAUUUUAUUGCUGUUGCUAUUAUAUUUUUUAUCAAUAACUGUUUUUUUGGUUGACGAAAUAAUAAAUCGCUUUCUAUUUUCCUAUUAUCUUAGGCAUAGUAAUUGAACCUGGGACAUUUUACCUUCAAUGCCAAUUUAGUUUGGUAUAAAGCUCUAACCAUGUACACAAAAUAUAGCAAUAUCCAUAAAACAAUCAUGUUGUAAACGUGACGUGCCAAAGUUAAAAUAUGGAUGUUAAUCACUAAUCGAAUGAUGAUUUGCUUUGCAAUUAUAAUUCUCUCAUGAUAUGAAGUUUAUCAAAAAUAAAUUCUUUGCUUUGAUAUGUUUUUCUUUCUUUUUAUAAAGCUGUAUAUAUUGCUCAAUAGAGUCUAUGGAGUUUAACAUAUGGAAUAUAUCAGGUAUUUUCCAAUGCAUAUACCGUCAUGCUUUUUUUAUGGGCUAACUUAAAAAUAUUUUAUGCUCAAAAUUUGUGUGUGUAUAAAAUUUCUACCAUGGCUAUAUAGUCUUGCAUCAAGGUAAAUAUCAAAAUUCCAAAGAUUCAAAAACCUUGAAAUCUUCGAGUUUGACGCACAGUCUUCUCUGAUUUAUCAUGAUAACGUUCUCACUUAGAAUCUAGAAUCCUGGUCAUCUACCAGGAUGUGUGACUUUAUGGACAUGACCCUGUAUCUUAUUUACAUAAUUUUGGUACGAAACUUCUCUAAUUUUUCUAUUGUUAAACAUGGAAGGAUAUAAAAAUCGGUGCUCCCGCAGUAUUCGUACCAAGAUGGCGCACAACCUGAACAUAGUAUGUGUACCAGGGUAGGGUUAGCAGGUUGUGCGCCAUCUUGGUACGAAUACUACAGAAGCGCCUAAAAAUCUCUGUAGGUAGACAGUAUUACUGUUGUGUUUCGCCACCACCAGAGAGUCCUGUGAAUCAGAAAUUAGAAUCAAAUUCUGUAUCAAUUUCCAUGAUGUUACAAUCUGUUGAUCAAAAUUUGAAGUGAAAAAAAUUGUGCAUGUGUGGUUUUAUUAAACAUGGCCUAAUAAUGUUGGGCUAUUUUUUUGUCAGUUAAAAACCUAUAACCCAAAGUCUGUAAUGAAAUUUAUUACCACUGAUGCUGCUUAGUUUAUUGUAGUCUCAUGAUUCUUAAUAGUAUUAUUAGAUUAAAUGCUUUAUUUGAAAUAAAGGUCUUUGUAAAAUCUGUA